AUGAACCUCGGCGCCCUGCCCUUGGUCCCAUGCGCCACGCCCACCUCCUCCCACCCCCUCGCGCCCCGCCUUACUGCGAUCCUCCUGCCUCCAUUGCCGCCCCACCCCCCUCCAUUGCGUCUCAGCGCGGGUGGAAGCCCAGCGACCGGGGAGGAGCAGGCGCGGGCGGCGGGGGGGGUUGAGGGGUCUGGGGUUGGCGGGGAGGAUGCGGCGGGAAUGGGGAGGGAACGGGGUGAUGAGCGCGGCGCUAUGGAGGAAGGGUUGCAGGGGGGCGACGGAGGUGGGGGCGGUGAUGGCGGGACCAGUGUGCGAGUGGAGGACGAGGAGGAAGAUGAGGAGGAGGAUGACGCAGCAAGGAAAGGCAAGAAGAGCGAGCGAGUCGAAGAGCCGUCUGGUCUCAGGGGUUUUCACCCGUCACAGCGCAUUCUGCUGGUGGGCGAGGGCGACUUCUCCUUCACGCGUGCUCUCCUGCGCCUCAUGGCGCCCGCUCGGCCCCUCGCCCUCUUCGCCACGGCUCUUGAUUCGCGUCACACCAUCGUGCAGGUUCGUCCUCGUGCCCCACCACCACAUGCCAUGCCACCCCUAGUUGCUGCACCUCGCUGCACAGGUCGCCUGUGCAUCUGUGCGCUCAUGUGCCGUGCGCUCAUGUGUCGUGUCGCUGCUGGCAAGCGGCGCAGGAAGGGGAAAGCGAAUCCACUGGAGAAGCCUUUUGAUCGGAUUGUGUUCAACUUCCCCCACGUGGGUCUCGGCAUCAAGGACGAGCGCAUCAACGUGCAGCGCAACCGGCAGUUGCUGUUUGACUUCUUUGUGAGUGCAGCCCCUCUGCUGGCGCCGCAGGGCGAGGUGCGUGUGUCACUGCGCACGGGGCACCCCUACAGCCUCUGGAACGCGCCCGCACUGGCUGAGGAGAGCCGCGCGCUGCGCCUCAAGUUCACCCAUCGCUUCCACCGCGACGAUUUCCCAGGCUAUGCCCACCGACGCACCAUUGGAGGCAAGACCGGGUUGAUGGUGGAGAACACAGAGGAGGGCAGCAAAGCAGCGGGAGCCAAGACAUUUGUCUUCUGCCAUCGCAAUGCUCACCUGCCAAGAUCAGCCAAUGCUGGCGUGGCGGGCCGGAAGAAAAUGCGAUGA